AUGGCUGGCACCUACCUGCCCCUCGCCGCCCUCCUCCUCGCCACCGCCGUCGCCAUUCUCGCGGCCACAUCCGCCGUUCCAGUAGUGGCCGCCGCCGCCGCCGACAAGUACAGCGGCAGGAUGGUCAUCAUCCACGCCCCCGGGUCAAGUAGGGUCGUCUCCGCUGGCGGUGCUCUUAACAAGUGGCAACAGCAGCGGCGCCUGGUGGAGGACGAGGUGGCGCCCGAGUUCGGCAGCCUGCUGGGGGCGGGAAACGGCGGCGGCCACGUCUCCACCGAUGCCUUGAACCCGAACAGGCCGCUUUGCCUGCCGCACGCCCAGUGCGCCGCCCACGGGCCGGGAGGUUCCAACACCCGGCCGUGCACGUACAUUGAACACUGCGCCCACACCCCCACUGUCGCCGGGCACGCACGCGCCGUGCAUGGGUGA